AGAUGAUUGUCUCCGAGUCGCAUCUGUGUCAGUCCAGGCCCCGCAUCCGGUGACCAGGGUUUCUGGCCAUCUCCGCAGGUCUCCUGAGGCUGCUGGGCCCCUCCUGCUGACUCCUUCCCGACUCUGCCUAAUCGGCCCUGGGUAGCUACAGGGGCAACAGAGGGAGGACUCAUUCCUGGGGAGACAGAUCAGAGAGCUCCAGAGUGAAGGAAGGUCCGAGCUCUGCAAGAAGGUGAAUGUGGAGGAAGAUGCCACAUCUGACUUGAGAUCUUUGACUAGAGCUUUGGGGCAGAAAGGAGCAGGUCCUGGAGCUGCUGGUGCUUUAGCAAUUUUCUGAUCCACCUGCCUGGUUAGAUAGCAAUUGGGUGACAGCAGAACACCCAGAAGCCAUUGAGAAGUGGGUGACCAUGGAAGAUCUGACCCAAAUGCUUGGGGAGAGAGCUCUGCUUUCUCAGGACUCUACCCUUCCCCAAGAGGGGAGCAUGGAGGAAGAGAGAAUUAACUCUGGGCUCCUGACAGCCAAAUCCCAGGAGUCAUUGACGUUCAAGGAUGUGGCUGUGGACUUCACCCCGGAAGAAUGGGGGCAGCUGUACCCUGCUCAGAGGGACCUGUACAGGGAAGUAAUGCUGGAAAACUAUAGGAAUCUGGUCUCAUUGGGGCAUCAAGUUUCCAAACCACAUUUGAUCUCCCUGUUGGAGCAAAGAAAAGAACCUUGGAUGAUGGAGAGAAAAAUCCCAAGAGGGAACUGCCCAGACUGGGAAACUAGACUUGAAACCAAAGAAUCAACUCCAAAGGAGGAUGUUGCUGACGAAGAGUUAUCCCAGGAGGUGAUAAUGAAAAGACUCCCAAGGGAUGGUCUUUGGUGUUCUACAUUUGGAGAGGCCUUGGAAUGUGAUGGCCAGUUAGGGAGGCAGCAAAGAAUCAAGGAGAGAAUGUUAAAACAAAUGUCAGUCACCCAUAAGAAAAACUUCUGUGGUAAGAACCAUUCUGAAUAUAAUGAACUUGGAAUAAGCCUUAGUUUGAGAUCAAUAUUUGUUACCCAACAGAGAAGUUCUGUAGGAAGGAGAUGUAAUAAAUGUGAUACAUGUGGGAAGAUCUUCAAACAUAAUUUAGACCUAGUUAAGCAUCAGCAAAUCUGUGUGGGGAAGAAACCCUAUGAAUGUGAUGAUUGUGGAAAAACCUUCAGUCAGAUUUCAUACCUUACCCAACAUCGGAGAAUCCAUACUGGAGAGAAACCCUAUGAAUGUAGUGAAUGUGAGAAAGCCUUUAGCCAGAUUUCAUACCUUACUCAACAUCGGAGAAUCCAUACUGGGGAAAAACCCUAUGAAUGUAAUGAAUGUGGGAAAACUUUCAGCCAGCGUACACACCUUACUUGGCAUCAGAGAAUUCAUACUGGUGAGAAACCUUAUAAAUGUAAUGAAUGUGGGAAGGCCUUCAGCAUCACCUCAUCACUUAAUAAACAUUGGAGAAUUCAUACCGGAGAGAAACCCUAUGAAUGUAUUGAAUGUGGAAAAGCCUUUAGCAGAAGUACAGCCCUUACUCAACAUCAGAGGAUUCAUACUGGAGAAAAACCCUGUCAUUGUAAUGAAUGUGGAAAAGCCUUUAGCAGAAGAACAGCCCUUACUCAACAUCAGAGAGUUCAUUCAGGAGAGAAACCCUAUCGUUGUAAUGAAUGUGGAAAAGCCUUCAGGCAGCACAGAGCCCUUACUCAACAUCAGAGAAUUCAUACAGGAGAGAAACCUUAUCAGUGUAGUGAAUGUGGAAAAGCCUUCAGCAACAGGUCAUCCCUUAUUCAACAUCAGAGAAUCCACAGUGGAGAGAAACCCUAUGAAUGUAAUGAAUGUGGGAAAGCCUUUAGUUGGAGGACACACCUUACUCAGCAUCUAAGAAUUCAUACAGGAGAAAAACCUUAUCAGUGUAAUGAAUGUGGGAAAGCUUUCAGUGACAGGUCAUCUCUUACUCAACACCAGAGAAUUCAUACAGGAGAGAAACCCUAUCAAUGUAAUGACUGUGGGAGAGCCUUCAGCCGCAACUCAUCUCUUACUAAACAUCAAAAAAUUCAUACUGGUGAGAAACCCUGUGAAUGUAAGGUUUGUGCAAAAGCCUUCAGAUGGUGUACAGACUUCACUCAACAUCAGAGAGUCCAUACUGGAGAAAAACCCUACAUAUGUAAUGAAUGUGGCAAAUCCUUUAGUCAAAGUACAAAUCUUACUAGACAUCAGAGAAUGCAUACUGGAGAAAAACCCUUUAAAUGCACUAAAUGUGGGAAAUCUUUCAGCCGGAAUAUAUACCUUAUUCAACAUCAGAGAAUACAUACUGGAGAGAAACCCUAUGAAUGCAAUGAAUGUGGGAAAGCCUUUAAUCAGAAUAUACACCUCAUUUGGCAUCAGAGAAUUCAUGCAGGAGAGAAACCAUAUGAAUGUAGGAGAUGUGGGAAAGCCUUCAGCCAGAGUACAUACUUUACUCAACAUCAAAGAAUACAUACUGGAGAGAAAUCAUAUGAAUGUAGUCAAUGUGGGAAAGCCUUCAGGUGGCAUAUAGAUCUUCUUCAAAAUCAAAAAAGUCAUACUGGUGAGGAGCCCUAUGAAUGUGAUGACUGUGGGAAAGCUUUCAGUCAGAGCACAAACCUUACUUGA